UGGGACAUAACAAGCGCUGCGGGCACCCGAGUUGCUGCUACGUAAUCUAUUUCAAUGCCUCGUGCCCUAGUGCACGACCUGCCAAUCAAGUCCAUUAUGAACGUCUUGUUUGCAGCCGAGAAGCUGAAGAGACGAGAAUAGCUCGGGAAGCGACUGCAGGUUGGCUGCAUUUGCAGCCAGGAGAGGAGAGGGGAAGAUGCCUUCUUCAUCCUUUACCCUCGAUGCUCAGCUGAGAUUUCAUGACAAAUGGCUGAAGAUAGACUUGCAGCGAGCCUUUUCUCCAGAGGGACUGAGUGAGAUGUGGAAUGAAAUGGUCAAAGAUGAAGAGAUAACAUUCGGUGGAGAAGAAUCAGCUCACCCAGAGGACUGCACCGACUGCUUCGGAGCUCAGAAGAAGGAUGAACCCAAUGAUAAAGAAAAAAAGGAAGAGGAGGAGACAUCGUCAUCCGUACAUCACUCCAUAAUUGAGACCUGGGACUGGGGACGACAACCAGAUGAGAAUGAGUUGAAGGACUGCUUGAUGGUCCUAGUAGAUGACCAGCAGAAGCUUUCAGCACAGAUGGCUAAAAGCACAUUGUCUGCUCAACGCCUGCGCCAGCGCCUUGUCAUCCUGGAGCGCUACCACAUCUCUCUGAGCCACAGCAUGAUGGAGGAGAAGUAUAAAUUCCGCUGGAAGACACCACCAAGCCCUCCACUGCCUGCUGCUGACAACAAGAGCCCACGUCCAAUCAGCAAAGGUGUUGAAGGUUUAGCCAGAGUGGGCUCCAGAGCAGCUCUGUCCUUUGCAUUUGCGUUCCUGCGUCGGGCCUGGAGGUCAGGAGAUGAUGCAGAUCUUUGCAGCGAGCUUCUUCAGGAGUCUCUGGAUGCCCUCCGUGCCCUGCCGGAGGCCACACUAUUUGAUGAGGGAAGUGUGUCAUCAGUGUGGUUGGAGGUUGUUGAGAGAGCCACAAAGUUCCUCAGUGAUGUACAUGGAAGUGCCACUACCAAAGGCAAGAUUCCCCUACAGGACCAGCAUCUGGUCUUGGCCAUUCUGCUGGAGCUGGCUGUACAAAGAGGCACUCUCAGUCAGCUGCUGUCUGCCGUUCUGUUACUUCUCCGUCUGUGGGAAAGUGGCACUAGAGAGAUGGACAAUGAGCGCUCCACCCAGGGAACCAGUGCUCCUUUACUACCCCUCUUGCAGCGCUUUCAGAGCAUACACAGCAGCAAAGAAGAGCCCAUUCCUGAGGAAGAAACUGAGAUCCUCACAGCCCCGCUGAGUCCAAAUGAGAGUUUUCUACGCUACCUAACAUUGCCACAAGAUAACGACCUGGCCAUUGACCUUCGCCAAACAGCUGUUGUGAUCAUGGCACACCUGGACCGCUUGGCUGCUCCCUGCAGUCCUCCGCACUGCAACUCCCCAGCGUCACAUAAGGGUAAUAUGCAGGAGGUGAUUGCCUGGGGCCUGUUGGGCUGGAAGCUUUAUGCCAAUGUUAAUGGACCCAUUCAGUGUAAAGCUCUAUCUAGCAUUGGAGUCACACAAAUAGUCUGUUCAGAAAAGGGUUUUGUCAUCCUGUCCAGCAGUGGUAACAUUUACACCCAGAACUACAAGAGCACAACUUUGGCUCCUAUGCUAAUCCAUGGUCUUAGCUCCAGAAAGAUUGUGAAGCUAGCAGCUCAUCCUGAUGGGCAACACUAUCUGGCGUUGUCAUCUAAUGGGGAAGUGUUCUCCUGGGGUUGUGGGGACGGAGGACGCCUUGGACACGGAGACACCACGUAUCUAGAGGAGCCGAUGAUGAUUGCAGCCUUCAAUGGGAAACAGACAGGAAAGCAUGUGGUCCACGUUGCUUGUGGAAGCACAUACAGUGCUGCUAUUACAGCUGAUGGAGAGCUGUAUACGUGGGGCAGAGGGAACUAUGGUCGCCUGGGCCAUGGCUCUAGUGAAGAUCAGACUACACCUAUGCUAGUGACAGCACUGAAAGGAUUAAAGGUGGUGGACGUGGCAUGUGGAAGUGGUGAUGCACAAACUCUUGCCGUGACAGAGAAUGGCCAGGUUUGGUCCUGGGGCGACGGAGACUAUGGUAAACUGGGGCGAGGAGGCAGCGAUGGCUGCAAGACACCAAAACUUGUAGAGAAACUGCAGGACCUGGACAUAGUGAAGGUCUGCUGUGGCAGCCAGUUUUCAAUGGCCCUCACUAAAGAUGGCCAAGUGUACACCUGGGGAAAAGGAGACAAUCAACGUCUAGGUCACGGCACGGAUGAGCAUGUCCGUUAUCCGAAGUUGCUUGACAGUCUACAGGGUAAGAAGGUUGUGGAUGUUGCGGUGGGAUCUACACACUGUCUGGCCCUCACUGAUGAUGGAGAGGUUCAUAGUUGGGGCAGCAAUGACAAACUACAACACUUUGAUACACUCUUUUCUAACAAGAAGCAGCCCAAAGCACUUCCAGAGCUCAACUCCAAACACAUAGUCGGGAUCUCUUGUGGUCCAGGACAGAACUUUGUCUGGUCUUCGUGCUCAGAGUGGACUGUGGGACAGCGUGUGCCCUUUGUGGUGGAUGUAUGUCCGAUGAGCUUUGAGCAGCUGGACCUGCUCUUGAGGCAGGUCAGUGAGGGGAUGGAUGGAAGCUCAGACUGGCCUCCCCCACAGGAGAAGGAGUGCAUGGUGGUUGCGACACUCAAUCUACUCAGGCUCCAGCUCCAUGCAGCCAUCAGUAAUCAGAUGGAUCCAGAAGAGCUGGGACUGGGGCUUGGCAGCGUGUUGCUAAACAACCUGAAACAAACCGUGGUAGUACUGGCUAGCAAUGCUGGGGUGCUCAACACUGUGCAGACAGCUGCCCAAGCUGUCCUCCAAAGCGGCUGGUCUGUACUGCUGCCUACUGCUGAGGAACGGGCGAGGGCAUUAUCCUCACUUCUGCCUAAUGCUGCAUCUGGAAUUGAGAUGAGUGUGAGUCCUGGACGCCGUUUCAUGAUUGACCUGUUGGUGAGCAGCCUAAUGGCGGAUGGAGGGUUAGAAUCUGCACUGAAUGCAGCUAUCACUGCUGAGAUACAGGACAUUGAAGCUAAAAAGGAAGCUCAGAAAGAGAAGGAGAUAGAUGAGCAGGAAGCCAAUGCCUCAACCAUGCACCGUUGUCGCACAGUUUUGGACAAAGAUCUCAUCAACACAGGCAUCUAUGAGUCAGCAGGGAAACAAAGCUUGCCUCUGGUGCAGCUUGUACAGCAGCUGUUGAGGAACAUUGCAUCCCAGACAAUUGCAAGGCUCAAGGAUGUUGCACGCCGCAUCUCCAACUACUUGGAGGCAGAACAUGUUAGCAAGGAGCGAUCUGCGUCUCUGGAUCUGCUGCUUCGCUUCCAGAGGCUGCUUGUGAGCAAGCUAUACUUGGGGGUCAAUGGUACAGAGCAUGUAAAUGGAUACAAUCCACAACUCCUAGGUGUAGGCUCCCUGUUAAAGAAGUAUAUUGCCCUCCUCUGCACUCACAUUGGAGACAUCCUUCCAGUUGCAACGAGCAUUGCCUCUUCUGGCCGCCGUCACUUUGCUGAAGUUUCUCGUGUCAUUGAAGGAGAUCUAACAGGUGUGCUACUACCUGAGUUGGUAGUGUCUAUCGUCCUCCUCCUCACCAUUGAUGCCGGUCUAAUGCAGGAGACUGGUUCUAUUCCUCUUCUUGCUGGACUUCUGGAGCACCUUGACCAUUUCAACCGCCUGGCUCCUGGACAUGAGCGAGAUGAUAAUGAGGACCUGGCAUGGCCAGGCAUUAUGGGAUCCUUCUUCACAGGCCAAAGUUCUAGGAACAAUGAAGAGGUGUCCCUCAUUCGAAAAGCUGACUUGGAGAAUCACAACAAAGAUGGUGGUUUUUGGACAGUUAUUGACGGAAAGGUCUAUGACAUCAAGGACUUCCAGGCUCAAUCUCAGUCACUAACAGGAAACAGUAUUCUGGCUCAGUUUGCAGGAGAGGAUCCUGUGGUUGCUUUGGAAGCUGCUCUGCAGUUUGAGGACACCAGGGAGUCAAUGCAGGCCUUUUGUGUUGGCCAGUAUAUGGAGCCCAACCAGGAGACAGUCACCACCCCGGACCUCAGCAGUCUGUCCUCCCCACUUAUUGACCCAGAGAGGAAUCUGGGGCUGCUUCUGGGUCUCCACGCCUCUUACCUGGCCAAGAGCACCCCCCUGUCCCCAAUGGAGAUUGAAUGUGCCAAAUGGCUCCAGUCCUCCAUAUUUUCUGGAGGUCUGCAGACCAGUCAGAUUCACUACAACUACAAUGAAGAGAAGGACGAAGACCACUGUAGUUCUCUAGGUACAACCACGCCAGACAAAGCGAAACUCUACUCCCGACGAUUAACCCUCAGUGACCACGCACAGCCUUUUUUACAGGCCAUUGCUGACAACAACACUCAAGAACACACAGUGAAGGAUUUCCUAUGCCAAAUAGAGCGUUGCUGUAAGCAGUACCAUCUUAUUACACCCAUCACCUUCCCACCGGAACACCCUGUGGAGGAAGUUGGCCGCCUGCUGCUCUGCUGCCUGCUGAAACAUCAAGACCUUGGUCACAUUGCUCUUUCACUUGUUAGUCAAUGUGCCUUGGGUGUGGACCAAGGAAAACAGAGGUCCCUCCCUAAAUCUGUGAUUGAUGUGUGCCGAAUGGUCUACCAGGCAAAGUGUUCUUUAAUCAAGACUCAUCAGGAGCAAGGUCGUUCCUACAAGGAGGUUUGUGCCCCUGUCAUUGAGCGUCUGCGCUUUCUCUUCAAUGAGCUGCGUCCAGCCGUAAGCAAUGACCUGUCUAUAGUGUCCAAACUCAAGCUGCUGAACUCUCAGCCCCGCUGGAGGAGGAUCACCCAGAAACUCAUCAGGGACCGCAGGAAAAAAAGAGUGCCUAAGAAGUCUGAGUCUGCUGACAUAGAAGAGCCAAAGCUGGAAAAUGAAGGGACCAAUGAAGAAGAAAUUAAUGUGCACGUCAGCCCAGUGUCUACUGAUAGGAAGUCACCCACAAGCAAAACUGUCAAGCAAGACAAGUGGCAGCCGCUUCUAAAUACUGUAACCAAUGUCCAAAAGUACCGGUGGCUGAAACACAGUGUUCACGGUGCUUUUUCUCAGUCCAGUCUUAUGGCCACCAUAGUAGACUUUGUACUGAAGGAGGAGCCCCUUGAUGUAGAGAAAAUGAGAAAGUGUCUUCUUAAACAGCUGGAGAGAGCAGAGGUCAGGUUAGAGGGCAUCGACACGAUGCUGAAGUUGGCCUCCAAAAGCUUCUUGCUGCCGUCUGUGCAAUAUGCAAUGCUUUGUGGUUGGCAGAGAGUUGUACCAGAAGGGACUGACAUAGGGGAGCCUCUGUCUGACUGCUUAAAGGAUGUGGACCUGAUCCCACCCUUUAAUCGCAUGCUUUUAGAGGUCACCUUUGGCAAGUUGUACUCUUGGGCCAUCCAGAACAUUCGCAACAUCCUGCUUGAGGCCAGUGGCCGCUUUAAAGAACUGGGUGUGCAGCCUGUUCCAUUGCAGACCAUCACCAAUGAGAACCCAGCUGGACCAAGCCUUGGCACCAUUCCACAAGCCCGCUUCCUUCUAGCCAUGAUACACAUGCUUUCUCUCAAACACGGGUCCAACAGCCUCAGUCUCUUGCUAAAUUCUGGCAUCCUAGCUCUCACACAGUGUAUCCUUAGACUUAUAGGCCCCAGCACAGACAGCAGUGAAGAUGACCUCAGUUUAUGUGUGCAUGGAGGAUCAGCCACAGUACUUGAGGAGUCCAGGAAGGAUGCCCCCCCUGCCCCGCUACCCGCAUCUGGCCCCGAGCUGGCUGCAAUGAUGAAGAUAGGUACCAGAGUGAUGAGGGGAGUGGACUGGAAAUGGGGCGAUCAGGAUGGUCCAUCACCAGGUCUUGGCAGGGUCAUUGGUGAGCUGGGUGAGGAUGGAUGGAUUAGGGUUCAGUGGGAUACAAGCAGCACCAAUUCCUACAGGAUGGGUAAAGAAGGAAAGUAUGAUCUUAAACUGGCAGAGCCACCACCUGCUGCCCAGCCCCCCACCGAGGACUCCGAUACAGAGGAUGAUACAGAAGGUGAACUGAUAGAGAAGAGCAGCCACCCAACCGCCAUGAUGUUAACCAGCACAAUCAACCUGCUGAAGACACUGUCUCUGUCAGCUGGUAUCUAUGCAGAGGUUCUGCAAACCGAUGCUACUCGGACACUGUGUGGGCUACUGAGGAUGCUUGUGGAAAGUGCAGCAAACGACAAGUCAGGUUGUCACUCCCACAGGUUGGUCUCUCGGGAGCAACACAGAAGCUGGUGUACACUUGGUUUCAUACGCAGUAUUGCACUCAUGCCCCAGAUGUGCAGCACACUCAGCACCUCUGCUUGGAUUAGCCUGCUCAUCCGCAUUGUUGAGGGACACCAGUCCUUCAAUGCCAUUACUUUGCAGAGACAGAUCCUGGCACUGCGUCUCCUGCAAGCAGUUCUGCCGUCAUGGGACAAGACAGAACGCUCUCAAGACAUGAAGUUUCUAGUAGAAAAAUUGUUCAGCUUUUUGGGAAGCUUACUGAGUACCUGCUCAUCAGACCUGCCACUUCUCCGAGAGGGUUUGCUACGAAGGCGGAAGUCUCGCCCACAAGCAUCUCUCACAGCCACUCACAGCAGCACCUUGGCUGAGGAGAUUGUUUCUGUGCUGCGUACUCUGCACUCUCUUAGCCAGUGGAACAGCCUGAUAAAUGAUUAUAUAAACACUCAACUGAGUUCCAUUGGCGAUGUGAUGGCAUGUUGCCAGUCUGAAGCAUGUUUCCUGGAAGAGUAUUUUCCUGAUUCAGAGGGUCCUAGAGUGGGCAGUCUGAUGGCUGUGCUGGCGGUGAUUGGAGGAAUUGAUGGGCGCCUCCGGCUAGGUGGCCAAGUUGUUAAUGAGGAGUAUGGAGAAGGAACAGUAACACGCAUCACACCUAAAGGACGCAUCACUGUCCAAUUUCAUGAGAUGAGGACUUGUAGGGUCUGCUUGUUAAGUCACCUUAAACCGACACCUGCAGUACCUUUCAGUGUGCAGAACCUGCCCUUCACAGAGCCCAUGUUGGCAAUCUGGGCUCAGCUGGUCAGCCUGGCUGGAAGCAAACUGGAGAAACAGCGCAUGAAGAAGUCUCUCAGUCGAGGACUUACAGCUGACCAGGUGGACAUUCAUUUACUCCGAUGCCAGCAAUUGAGGCUGUAUAUUCUGAAGGCAGCACGGGCCCUGCUUUCUCAUCAGGACAAACUCAGGCAGAUUCUCUCACAGCCCGCAGUUGUGGACGUAGGACCCAACCCGAGCGAGGAAACCGUAGUGGCAUCUCCAGAUGUCGGAGACUUGUCUCCUGAGGGUCCGCUGCCUCCAUUAAUCCUCCUGCAGCAACUUCUGUCUGCUGCCACCCAACCUUCCCCCAUCAAAGCCAUUUUCGACAGGCAAGAGAUGGAGGCAGCUGCUCUGGCAGUGUGUCAGUACCUGGCUGUUGAAUCUGCCCACCCAUCCUCUCCUUUGCUUGAGGAGAGCAGCUCCAGUGAAGCCACCACACCAAUCACCAUACAGCAUGUCAAACCACCUAAACAGAAGAAACAGAAGACCUCUCCUGUUCCUCCAUUACCCAUAGUCCUACAACUCAUGGAGAUGGGCUUCCCACGGAAAAACAUCGAGUUCGCAUUGAAGUCUCUGUCGGGAACUACAGGAAGUGCAUCUAGAGUUCCAGGUGUUGAAGCCCUGGUGAGCUGGUUGCUGGACCAUCCAGAUGUUCAUGUCACUGAGCUGUCAGAUGCUGACACAGUGUCCGAUGAAUACUCUGAUGAGGAGGUGCUGGAGGAACUGGAUGAGGCAGAGCCGACAUUCCCAGUGCCUCCCGGUGUAGUGGUGACUGAAAGCCAGACGUUUAAGAAGAGAUCAGAUUUUCAAAGCAACGAUGAUUACGCUGUGUAUGUUAGAGAAAACAUUCAGGUGGGGAUGAUGGUGAAGUGCUGUAGAACGUAUGAGGAAGUGUACGACGGGGAUGUUGGGAAAGUGAUCAAACUGGACAGAGACGGACUUCAUGACUUAAACGUGCAGUGUGACUGGCAACAAAAAGGAGGAACAUACUGGGUCCGCUAUAUCCACAUUGAGCUGCUGGGUUUUCCACCUCAAAGUUCUCCCUCUCAUAUAAAGAUAGGUGAUAAAGUGAGGGUGAAACCCACAGUCACUACACCAAAGUACAAAUGGGGCUCUGUUACUCACAGGAGUGUGGGAGUUGUAAAAGCUUUCAGUGCCAAUGGAAAGGAUGUGAUUGUAGACUUCCCUCAGCAGUCCCACUGGACUGGCUUGUUGUCUGAGAUGGAGUUGGUGCCCAGUGUUCAUCCUGGCGUGAGGUGUGAUGGUUGUCAGAUGUUCCCAAUAAAUGGUGCCAGAUUCAAAUGCAAGAACUGUGAUGAUUUUGACUUCUGUGAAAACUGCUUCAAGACCCGCAAACACAACACCAGACAUUCCUUUGGCCGAAUCAAUGAACCUGGCCAGUCUCCAACAUUCUGCGGCCGCUCAGGGAAACAGCUCAAGAAGCAUCACAGCAACCAGCGUGGGAUGCUGAUUGACGAUUGGUCACGUGCUGUCAAGAGCCUCAACGUCUCUUCCUCUGUAAACCAGGCCUCACGCCUAAUUGACUGCAGUGAUCAGUGCUGGCAGUCCUCUGGAUCGCAGGGAAAGCACUGGAUUCGUAUUGAGCUUUUCCCAGACGUUCUUGUGCACAGGCUAAAAAUGACUGUAGACCCAGCGGACAGCAGCUACAUGCCCUCACUAGUGGUGGUGUCAGGGGGAAGCUCUUUAAACAACUUGAUAGAGUUGAAGACAAUCAACAUCAAUCCCACAGACACUACUGUCCUUCUGCUCAGUGACUGCGCUGAGUAUCACAGGUACAUUGAGAUUGCAAUCAAACAGUGCCGCAGCUCUGGUAUAGACUGCAAGAUUCAUGGACUUGGCAUUGUGGGACGUAUUAGAGCAGAGGAUGAAGACCUGGCCACUGUUCCUUUCCUGGCGUCUGACAAUGAAGAAGAGGAGGAUGACAAAACUGUUACUGGAAGUCUGGCUCGUAAGAAGUCAUCAGAGUUGGAGUCAGCAGCCACCAUCAGGACCAAAGUGUUUGUAUGGGGGUUGAACGAUAAGGAUCAGCUGGGAGGACUCAAGGGUUCCAAGAUCAAAGUACCUUCUUUCUCUGAAACUCUCUCUGCUCUUAAUGUGGUACAAGUGGCCGGUGGGUCCAAAAGCCUCUUUGCAGUGACGGUGGAGGGGAAGAUUUAUGCCUGCGGAGAGGCCACUAAUGGCAGAUUGGGUCUGGGUCUGUCCAGUGGCACCAUCCCCAUCCCUCGUCAAAUCACUGCACUCAGCAACUAUGUCGUGAAAAAGGUUGCUGUGCACUCUGGGGGACGGCAUGCUAUGGCCCUGACUGUGGACGGAAAGGUUUUCUCCUGGGGGGAGGGAGAUGACGGCAAACUGGGACACUUCAGCCGAAUGAACUGUGACAAACCUCGGUUGAUUGAAGCACUAAAGACCAAGCGUAUCCGUGACAUUGCCUGUGGUAGUUCUCACAGUGCAGCAAUCACUUCAAGUGGGGAGCUGUACAGCUGGGGUUUGGGCGAAUAUGGCCGCCUUGGGCAUGGGGACAACACUACUCAGCUGAGACCUAAACUGGUAAAAGUCCUUCUGGGGCAUCGUGUUAUCCAGGUGGCUUGUGGGAGCAGAGAUGCUCAAACUCUAGCCCUCACUGAUGAAGGCUUGGUGUUCUCCUGGGGUGAUGGAGACUUUGGCAAACUUGGCCGUGGCGGCAGUGAGGGCUGCAAUAUUCCUCAGAACAUAGAGAGACUCAACGGACAGGGCGUCUGUCAAAUCGAAUGUGGGGCACAGUUCUCCCUGGCUCUCACAAAGUCUGGAGUUGUGUGGACCUGGGGCAAAGGUGACUAUUUCCGACUGGGCCAUGGUACUGAUGUUCAUGUGCGGAAACCCCAGAUGGUGGAAGGUCUGCGAGGGAAAAAGAUAGUCCAUGUGGCUGUUGGAGCACUGCACUGUCUGGCUGUUACAGACACAGGACAGGUGUAUGCAUGGGGUGACAAUGACCACGGGCAGCAGGGGAAUGGGACCACCACAGUAAACAGGAAGCCCACCCUCGUUCAGGGUUUGGAAGGACAGAAGAUCACCAGAGUAGCCUGUGGCUCCUCCCACAGUGUGGCCUGGACCACCGUGGAUGUGACGACACCCUCUGUGCAUGAACCCGUCCUCUUCCAGACAGCCAGGGACUCGCUUGGAGCCUCCUAUUUAGGUGUCCAGUCAGACAGUGACUCAUCAGCUGUUAGCAACAAGAUAAGCGGGCAGAACAGCGUGAAGCCCAAUCGACCCUCACUUGCCAAGAUUCUCCUGAGUCUAGAUGGCAAUCUGGCCAAACAGCAAGCUCUAUCUCAUGUGCUGUCCGCUCUCCAAAUCAUGUAUGCAAGGGAUGCGGUGGUCGGUGCUCUAAUGCCAGCCAGCAUGAUUCUGCCGGCGGAGUGUCCUUCUAGUUCUCCUAUUCCUCCGUUAGACUCUUCAUGCUCAUCCAGCGUGAUUGAUGAAGGUCCACCUGAGCCCUCUGAAGCUGAGGAACGGCUCAGCCCUAGUCCUUGGCAAGACAAAAAGGGCGAGGUUCCGUCGUCAGAAGAUGCGGUCACUCCAUCAUCAGCUGUGACUCCAUCUGCCUCUGGUGCUUCUUCACGCCCUUUCAUCCCUGUCACUGAUGACCCCGGAGCAGCCAGCAUCAUAGCAGAGACCAUGACAAAGACAAAGGAGGAUUCUGAGUGCCAGAACAAAGUAGUUGGUCUGGAACCUCAAUACCUGGAUGAGUUCACAAGCCUCCUUGUGCCUGACGACACACGAGUGAUGGUGGACCUGCUCAAACUGGCUGUGUCUUGUCGCUCUGGAGAGAAGGGCAAGGACGUGUUGUCUGCUGUACUGUCUGGCAUGGGUACUGCUUAUCCACAGGUUGCUGAUAUGCUGCUGGAGCUGUGUGUAACAGAGCUGGAGGAUGUUGCCACAGACUCGCAGAGUGGCCGGCUGUCCUCCCAGCCAGUUGUUGUGGAGAGCAGUCAUCCAUACACAGAUGACACCUCAACCAGUGGGACUGUGAAGAUCCCAGGCGCUGAAGGCCUGAGAAUAGAGUUUGACAGACAGUGUUCAACUGAGAGACGCCAUGACCCACUAACGGUCAUGGAUGGAGCCAACAGGAUUGUCUCUGUCAGAUCAGGUCGUGAGUGGUCUGACUGGUCCAGUGAACUGCGCAUCCCGGGAGAUGAACUCAAAUGGAAAUUCACCAGUGAUGGCUCGGUCAAUGGCUGGGGCUGGCGCUUUACAGUUUACCCCAUAAUGCCUGCUGCUGGUCCCAAGGACUUGUUGUCUGAUCGCUGCAUUUUGUCCUGUCCCUCAAUGGAUUUAGUCACAUGUCUCCUGGACUUCAGACUGAACUUUGCCUCCAACAGGGGCAUUGUACCUCGUCUAGCAGCUUCCCUCGCUGCUUGUGCCCAGCUUAGUGCACUUGCUGCUGGACACAGAAUGUGGGCUCUGCAGAGGCUACGAAAGCUCCUCACCACCGAGUAUGGUCAGUCUAUUAACAUCAACAGGCUGCUGGGAGACAGUGAAGGCGAGGCAAGGCCUAUGAGUUUUACAGGCAGUGCGCUGGCUGCUCUUGUCAAGGGUCUACCAGAGGCUCUGCAGAGGCAGUAUGAAUAUGAGGACCCCAUUGUCAGGGGAGGGAAACAGCUGCUUCACAGUCCAUUUUUCAAGGUUUUGGUUGCACUUGCCUGUGACCUGGAGCUGGACACCUUACCCUGCUGUGCUGAGACCCACAAGUGGGCCUGGUUUCGCCGCUACUGCACUGCCUCCAGAGUGGCUGUGGCUCUUGACAAGAGAACCUCAUUACCAAGACCAUUCCUGGACGAGGUUACAAAGAAAAUCCGUGAGCUUAUGGCCGACCAUGAGAGCAUGAACAGCCUUCACGAGAGUCAUGACCUGUUCAAACGCGAGCAUGACGAGCAGCUUGUGCAAUGGAUGAACCGCCGACCGGAUGACUGGAUUUUGUCUGCUGGGGGGAGUGGCACGAUCUAUGGCUGGGGCCACAACCACAGAGGUCAGCUGGGGGGCAUCGAAGGAGCAAAGGUCAAAGUGCCAACCCCAACUGAAGCCCUCGCCACACUGCGACCAGUGCAGCUUAUCGGAGGGGAGCAGACUCUGUUCGCUGUAACUGCUGAUGGCAAGCUGUAUGCCACAGGAUAUGGAGCUGGAGGCAGAUUGGGUAUUGGAGGCACAGAGUCUGUGUCCACCCCCACUUUGCUGGAGUCCAUCCAACACGUCUUUAUCAGGAAGGUGGCUGUGAACUCUGGAGGAAAGCACUGCCUGGCUCUGUCCUCAGAGGGAGAGGUCUACUCAUGGGGAGAAGCAGAAGAUGGAAAACUUGGCCAUGGGAACAGAAGCCCCUGUGACCGUCCUCGUGUGAUUGAGUCCCUGCGGGGGGUUGAAGUGGUGGAUAUCGCCGCAGGAGGUGCUCACAGCGCCUGCAUCACUUCCAGUGGAGAACUCUUUACCUGGGGCAAGGGUCGAUACGGACGACUGGGCCACGGAGACAGUGAAGACCACCUUAAACCAAAGCUAGUGGAUGCACUUCAGGGUCACAGGGUCAUUGAUGUAGCCUGCGGCAGUGGAGAUGCCCAGACACUGUGUCUAACAGACGAUGACAUGGUUUGGUCCUGGGGAGAUGGGGACUACGGAAAACUGGGUAGAGGCGGCAGUGAUGGAUGCAAAAUCCCUAUGAAGAUUGACUCCCUCACUGGCCUUGGAGUGGUCAAAGUGGAAUGUGGCUCUCAGUUUUCGGUGGCUCUCACUAAAUCUGGGGCAGUGUACACAUGGGGAAAAGGCGACUACCAUCGUCUGGGACACGGCUCCGACGAUCAUGUUCGACGACCUAGACAAGUCCAGGGGCUCCAAGGGAAAAAGGUCACUGCCAUCGCCACAGGGUCGCUGCACUGUGUGUGCUGCACAGAGGACGGAGAGGUUUACACAUGGGGGGACAACGAUGAGGGCCAGCUUGGAGAUGGUACCACUAAUGCCAUCCAGAGGCCACGACUGGUGGCCGCGCUGCAGGGCAAGAAAAUCAACAGGGUGGCCUGCGGUUCUGCUCACACCCUCGCGUGGUCCACUAGUAAGCCCACCAAUGCUGGAAAACUGCCUGCCCAGGUUCCCAUGGAGUACAACCACCUGCAGGAGAUCCCCAUUAUGGCCCUGAGAAACAGGCUUUUGCUGCUGCAUCACAUCUCUGAGCUCUUCUGCCCUUGUAUACCCAUGUUUGACCUCGAAGGACGACUGGGCCAGACAGGCCACGGACCUUCUGUGGGCUUCGACACACUGAGGGGCAUCCUUAUCUCCCAGGGCAAGGAAGCGGCUUUUAGGAAGGUAGUUCAAGCCACGAUGGUGAGGGACAGACAACACGGCCCCGUAGUGGAGCUGAAUAGGAUACAGGUGAAGCGCUCCCGUAGUAAAGGGGGUCUGGCAGGUCCAGACGGAACAAAGUCUGUAUUUGGUCAGAUGUGUGCUAAGAUGAGUUCAUUCAGCCCUGACAGCCUGCUGCUACCUCAUCGUGUGUGGAAGGUCAAAUUUGUGGGGGAGUCUGUGGAUGACUGCGGUGGAGGCUACAGCGAGUCUAUUGCUGAAAUGUGCGAGGAGCUGCAGAAUGCUCUGACUCCUCUGCUCAUUGUGACUCCCAACGGGCGCGACGAGUCAGGCGCCAACAGGGACUGUUUCCUGCUGAACCCUGCAGCCAAGUCCUCUCUUCACAUGAGCAUGUUCCGCUUCCUAGGAGUGCUCCUGGGCAUUGCGAUCCGGACUGGAAGCCCUCUAAGUCUGAAUCUGGCCGAGCCUGUAUGGAAACAGCUGGCAGGCAUGAAUCUGACCAUUGCUGACCUCAGUGAGGUUGAUAAGGAUUUUAUUCCUGGCUUGAUGUACAUCCGGGACAAUGAGGCCACAGCUGAGGAGUUUGAGGCCAUGACGCUGCCUUUCACAGUUCCCAACGCCAGCGGUCAGGACAUCCAGCUCAGCUCCAAGUACUCGCACAUCACCUUAGAGAACCGGGCAGAAUACGUUCGACUGGCAAUCAACUACAGGCUCCACGAGUUCGAUGAGCAGGUAUCGGCUGUGCGUGAGGGUAUGGCUCGCGUGGUCCCAGUUCCCCUGCUUUCCCUUUUUACAGGCUAUGAACUGGAAACGAUGGUGUGUGGAAGCCCAGACAUCCCACUGCACCUGCUGAAGUCCGUGGCCACCUACAAAGGCGUGGAGCCAACAGCACCGCUCAUCCAGUGGUUCUGGGAGGUGAUGGAGUCCUUCUCCAACACGGAGAGGUCUCUGUUCCUGAGGUUUGUCUGGGGCCGCACACGUCUGCCUCGCACCAUCGCUGACUUCCGUGGUCGAGACUUUGUCGUCCAGGUGUUGGACAAGUACAACCCUCCUGACCACUUCCUGCCAGAGUCCUACACGUGUUUCUUCCUGCUCAAGCUGCCCCGGUACUCGUGUAAACAGGUGCUGGAGGAGAAACUGAAAUACGCCAUCCACUUCUGCAAGUCCAUCGACACGGACGACUACGCCCGCAUCGCCCUGUCCGGCGAGCCGGCCGCCGACGACAGCAGCGAGGACUCGGACAACGAGGACGCCGACUCCUUCGCCUCGGAUUCCACCCAGGACUACCUAACGGGACACUGAGCUCGCCGACGGCAGACGCGCCGUUAACCACAACGCACGCGUCGACGCAGGCAUUCGACUGAGACACAAACGUCUGUGUGGGAAAAAUGUGCAAUGAGCAUUAAAAGCUGAAGAGAGGAACAAACACUGGUUUGCUCCGAUUUAGUUUCUUUAAAUGAAGCGGGGAGAUUAGCUGCACAUGUGAUUGUUGUUACAUGUGAAUAACGUACAUCACUACAUUAACAGAGUAAUAUGGCUCCAGCCUAGCACUGUGGUAGAUACUCUCCCUCCGGUGUGUGUGAUUUACCAAUCCCUAGUUUGUAUAUAGAUAUUGAUGUGUGAAAAAUAGUAGUAUUACUUUUUUGUUUACUGGUUCUAACCAUGUUUAUUUCUUAAUAAAAACAAAAAAUUUUUAUCUUGAACGUCUGUGCUUCUCACCUGACUCACUCAGGCUGCCCCUGGGCCAUUUUACCACUCUUGUAUCUACCACUCGCUCCACCACGUCUGUGCACUGUCUCCUUUAAAGAAUGUACAUAAUAUGAUAUUGUGCCAUGUAUUCACAGAAGGUCCCAUUCCUGCACAUUAAAUGUUAAUACAUUUCUGUUAAUAAAUAUAAUGGCAAAGCGGCAAAGGUUUAUUAAAGUGAUUGAACAUUUGGUGCCGGA